CUGGGUAUUCGGCCCACUACGUAAGUAUGUGCGGUAUGAUUUGGGAAAGGAGAUUAGAUCAUAGAACAGAAAAAAGGGCCUAUGGAGGUCGAAGUUCUGGUCAAAAGGGAAAUUGGUUUUUUACACGUGUCAAAAAAAAAACUCCGAAAACAACGUCGGUCGCCGCCUGUCUUCUUUCCGAUUGAUCGUACCAAAACAUCAAAGGGUAAGUACGUACUACGUCUCCCCGUCUCAGGUAGUCUAGUCAAGAAACCGACACGUAGAAGGAACAAUCCACGUGGCCAUGCAGGCCUGACACGUGUCGAUCCACCUCCACCCCACGUGGGGUUCUUGUUCCCGAUAUUUAUCCAAAACAAAAACCCUUAUAAUCAAUCCAAAGAAGCUUCUCCCCAGUUCCUCUCGGCCCUUAUUACCAACACUCAAAUCUCCACCACCUUCGCAACCGAAUUCUGCUUCUCUUCCGAUCUCAAAAACAAACCCAAAACCAUGACCAACAUUUUGUCGAUAUUCCUUGUGCUGGCCACAUUGCUGGCCGCGGAGAUCUGGUCCCCACCUCUGCCAGCGGCAACAUCGACGUCAGCCGCCACGGAGGCUGAACAGGUUCACCACCGUGAAGAAGACGUGAUUGUCAAGGAAGGACACCGAAUCGUGGUCGUCGAGACAUUCGACGACCACGUCGGCCACCACAACACCAAAAUCUCCAUCUCCCCAUCCAAGGACCAGCCCGGAGGAGACGAAGCCGCCCUGCCCCUCUUCGGCGGCCAUGCCCCGGGGGAGCUCAUUUGUGAUGCUUGGGGGAAAUGCACACACAAGGUGGCCAAGGCCUUCGGAGACGCCAAAGACCGAGCCUUCGGCUCGGUCAAGGAGCCAGCCGAAGGAGCCAAGCACGGUGUUUAUGAAACCGCACAUCAAGCCACCGAGAAGGCCUCCGAGCUGGCCGAAGGAGCCAAACAUCGAGUGUCCCAAACCGCGCAUCACGCCACCGAGAAGGCCUCCGAGCUGGCCGAAGGAGCCAAACAUGGAGUGUCCGAAACCGCGCAUCGCGCCACCGAGAAGGCCUCGGAACUUUCUCACGGAGCCAAAGACACGGUAGGCAGAGCUGCGCAUCAAGCCAAGGAAAAGGCUUGGGAGAUCGCACAUGAAGCCAAGGACACAGUAGCCAGAGCAACACACAACGCCAAUGAAAAGGCUUCGGAGCUCGGACAGGAAGCCACGGAGAAGGCGUCCCAGGCCGCCCACGGAGCCAAAGAGACCGUCUCGGAUGCCCUCGACAAGGGCAAGGAGACCGCGUCCGAAGCCGCGGCGAAGGCAAGGGAAGCAGCAAAGGGAGUCUAUUCCAAAACCAAGGAGACUGCCACCAAUUCGGCAGGGGAAGUCAAGGACCUAGGCAAGACGAUCGGCAGCGACGUAACGCGUAACGUGUCGGAGGGCAUGGUGGAUGAUACCAGCAGCAAGAUGCAUAAGGGCGGCGGCGGCAGCGAAAUGGGGAGGAUCGCGGCGGCCGCCAAGUCGCUGGGCGGGGCGCUGAGCCUGUUGGGUCUGUCGACGGCGUUCGGGACCAGCGUGUGGGUGACGUUCAUCUCGAGUUACGUCCUGGCCAAUGUGCUGCCGAGGCAGCAGUUCGGAGUUGUGCAGAGCAAAGUGUACCCCGUUUACUUCCAGGCCAUGGGCCUGUCCACUGGGCUGGCCCUGUUGGGCCACCUAUUGGGCCGGGGGAGUAAUUUCGUCUCGGCCAAGUCCGAGAUGCUCCAGGCCUUCAAUCUCGUUGCCGCCAUUGCGCUCGUGGUCGUGAAUGGAAUGUACAUCGAGCCCCUCGCGACUAAGGCGAUGUUCGAGAGGAUGAGGAUCGAGAAGGAGGAAGGGAGGGGGAGAGGGGAGCAGACGCAGCAGCACCAGAUGGCGGACGCAGGGCCGGCGGCGGCGGGGGCUGAGCUGGCGGAGGGGGAUGCGGAGGAGGAGAAGGAAGAGGAGGAGACGAACUCGAGGCUGUCGAGGUUGAACUCUAGGGUGAAGAGGCUGAACUCGUAUUCGUCGUGGCUGAACAUACUGACGCUGAUGGCGCUGACAUGGCAUCUCGUGCACUUGGGGCACGCUCUUCAUGCGGUCGCGAGCUGAAUCUGUAGCAACAAGGCGGGGGGGAAAUGGUGUUUCUGCUUCUUUCUUUUUUUUAUGUGGGAUCGAUGGGUUUCUGAAUGUAAAUAGAUGGGUAUAGUUUUCCGUUUUUUGUAUGUUCAUCGUAGAAAAUGAAGUACAUAGUGGAUGUGUUUUCUUUCAUUUGCGGUGGUUUAGAGUUUGGAGUUUGGACACAACAAAAAAGCGAACUGUCGGUUGAAUCCUCGGCGUGCGUAUUUGUCGUUGUUGGGCAAUUCUGCACCUACAUGAUUUUUCUUAUGGCAACGUUCAUAAGCCCAAAACUGAGUAGACUAGGGAGGGACCGACUCGUAGGACGGAAAGUAUUGGCCCAUGGGCCAUGGCCGACAGGGUGCGCAGCAAAGUCCAAAAGAGUGGGCCCAUUAUAUCAAAGAUAUGGCAAAAUUGGACAUGCCAAAAAAGAAAUAGAUUUUAGCCACAAUUUUUACCUAACUCUUAGCUCAAGUUUUUACGAAAAGAGAUAUUGUCUUUGACUCUUUCUGAAAUAAGAAAUUUCCUUUUUUUUUACAUAUUCAUGGUCUCAACUCUCAAGUUCAAGUAGUUCGAAUUAAUUAUAAAAGAAAAAACAUUUAUAGGAAAAAACUAAAGUUCAUGUUAUAUUGAGCUUUUGUCGACCUACAAACUUAUCCUCUUUUUUUUUGUUUUGUUUCUUAUAGGAUAUUUUUAGUAGUGGAAAGGAAAGGAUGGGAAUGGAAGGAUAAACAUUAAUGAUGCGGGAAAGUUACGUAUAAAAUACGUACGAGUAUUAUACUUCGUCUCUUGGCUAAUGUUACGUUUCAUAGUACAUUAAUAGUCAUAAAUAUAUAAAAUCAAUUAUUUUUAUAAGUAAAUAAACAUGUAAACAAAUAGUAAAGUUAUUAAUUUAUUUUAUUAAAUAUGGAUAUUAAACGUGUUAUACGGGUUUUGAUACGUGUUUAAUAUGGAAACCGUCAAAUGAACGGAAACUAAUGAAACGGCUUGAUAAUAAUAUAGAGCUUCUGUUUGCAAGAACAUUUAGAUGGGUUAACACGAAAUCAUUUUGUAUGGGUAAUGGAGAAAAAUACAAAUUAGGAAGAGAAAAAUGUUUAAAAAAAAUGAAAGAAAAAGGAAAUGACAACAUCAUGUCAACACUGUCUCACACGGAAACCCAAAGCCCAAAAGGAGGAGGCCCAUGAAGGAAUAUUAAAUCUCCAUCAGUGACGCCCAACAAAACGACAGAUGGAAACACAUACUAAACGACACAAGCCAUGGCCCCGCAGAUCCGACGGUCCCUAUUAUUUCCCUUUUUCUCUGUGUUUUUUCCCCUGCAAAAGUAAAAAAAGAAAACGAGAGCGAAAUAAAGAAGAAAAGAGAAAAAGAAGCGGUUGUCAAAUCUUUCAACGUUUCCCUUGAAGGACAGGACUUUGGCCUUUUAAUCCAAAUUUUGUUGGUACCUACAAAGUUCAUUUCGUGUCUAAUUUGGUCCCCAAACAUUAUCGACGCGCUUUCACAACUACGUAUUUUAUACCGUAAUUUGCAGAUUACAUGAUCUAUAUGUAUCGUUUACGUCUAGUUGUAAUCCACAAAAUGCUAUGGGAUGUCUCCGAGUGAUGAAUUAUGUAUAUACGGGGAAAAAAUGAUAAGAUGCAAUCAUUACAAGGUAAGAAGAUGUAAAUAUGAUGAGUGGGUUGGAUGUUCAGAUUUAUGUUAAAUUAAUCGAAGGGAUAAUUAAUUAGUUGUGGCAUUAAUUAGCAUGUGGAAUCUCAAUUAUAAUUUUUUUUUCGGCAGGUAGCUUCCAAUAAUAUGAAAUUGCUCUAUGAAACAAAUCUAGCGUGGAUAAGUAGGGAUAUGUAACAUGUCCACAAGGUAGUUGCACUAGUGGCCAUUCAAAAUAAUAGGAGAUCAUCAAU